AUGGUCAAGGACGACGACAUCCCAGAGUGCCAGGAUUACAUCGAGGCUGCUGAAACAAACGUCCCGGAAGACAUAUUCUGGAGAAAUCUGGCAUUUGAAAAAGAACACAUCGCAAAAGCAAUGGACAAAAGAAAAGGACACAGAAAGUUUCCAAUGAGGGAUAUGUUCAAAGGUGCCGUCAGCCAGCAGGACCUUGUGAACGAAUACUAUCGCUCCAAGAAUGUAGAGAGACGAGAAAUGAUGAUGAGGGAGGAGAUGCCGUUGGAAAGAAGUUCUGAAAUUUUGCCUGAAAUUCUGGAAACAUUGAAAGAAGCGGGAAUUCAAAUGGUCAGAAAGCUGACUACCAAGAAGACAAGAAGCGAGAUUGACAAGAUCGGAAGUGACCGGCCGUGGAAACUCAACUCUUCGAGAAAAUUCUUGGAAGGGGUGAAAAUGGAUGGCUAUCAAAUAGUCAAGAAGCGAGAAUCAGACGAUCGGAAGAGAGCGGAAGUGGGUACCAUUCAACUGUCCGAGGAGAAUUCCGGAAGGAGAAGAAGUGAGUUUAACAGAGGGCGUGCACUUUGA